CAAAAACAAAGAGGCGACUCGAUGCGCGUAAACAGCCAUCAUCCAAAGCCCUUCUUUCUUUCCUUCUCCAUCAAACAAUCCUAAUUUCAACAUUUCGGCAACGGUCAUGCCGGCCGGUACACCACCAAACCCUCAACAAGCACAACAAUUCCUCUCCUCCGUUCUCUCCCAACGAGGCCCCUCCGCUCUCCCCUACGCCGAAGACACCAAGUGGCUCAUCCGCCAACACCUCCUCACUCUAAUCUCAACCUACCCGUCUCUCCAACCCAAAACCGCCACCUUUACUCACAACGAUGGCCGAUCCGUUAAUCUUCUCCAAGCCGAUGGCACCAUCCCAAUGAGUUUUCAAGGCGUCACAUACAACAUUCCCCUCAUCAUCUGGCUCAUGGAGUCUUAUCCACGCCACCCGCCCUGCGUUUACGUCAACCCCACGCGCGACAUGGUUAUCAAACGCCCUCACCCCCAUGUUACCCCUUCUGGUCUCGUUUCAGUUCCUUAUUUGCAGAAUUGGGUUUACCCUAGCUCCAAUCUUGUCGAUCUCGUACGCGAAUUGAGCGCCUACUUCUCACGUGAGCCUCCGCUUUAUUCGCAACGUCGGCCGUCGGCUUCAAACCCUAACCCUAAUCCGAGUUCUAAUUCUAAUCCCAUUGUGUCGAAUUACGGAUCGCUGGCUUGUGGGCGCUCUCACCCAGCGUCGGCGACGCCGCGGCCCUAUCUGCCGUCGCCGUACGGGAGCUGGAUUCAGCAUCCUCCCCCACCGCAGUCGGAGGACCCGACGGAGGUUUUUAAACGGGACGCCGUGAACAAGUUAGUGGAGAUGGCCCACGGCGAUAUUGUGGGCAUGAGGAAGGCACGUGAGGCGGAGAUGGAGGGUUUGUUUAGCACGCAAGCUGUAUUGAGACGUAGAGAAGAAGAAAUCCAUAAGGGAUUGAAAGUAUUGCAAGACGAAAAAGAAGGAUUGGAGCAGCAAUUGCAAAUGGUGUUGAUGAAUACAGAUAUUUUAGAAGCUUGGGUCAGAGAAAAUCAAAACAAAACCAAAGAUUUUAAGGAUAUAGAUGUAGAUAAUGCGUUUGAAUGCAUGGAUGUGUUGUCGAAGCAAAUGUUGGAUUGUACAGCUGCUGAUUUGGCUAUUGAAGAUGUGGUGUAUUCGUUAGACAAGACCUUGCAGGAGGGUUCUGUGCCAUUUGAUAUUUACUUGAGGAAUGUGAGGUUAUUGUCAAGGGAGCAGUUUUUCCAUCGCGCCACUGCAGCAAAAGUUCGAGCUGUGCAAAUGCAGGCUCAGGUUGCCAGUAUGGCUUCUCGGUCUUCACAUUAUGCUGCAUGAAACAAAACUGAAUUAGUUUGUAAUUAUUGGAUUGUUUACAGAAAUGAAGGUUUAAUACAACAAUUAGUUUAAGGUUAGCUUCUUGUGAAAAGUUAUUCAUGUCAUUCAUCCAUAAAAAGUUGAUAGUAUUAUCAUUUUUGGUCUUUUAUUGUAUACAUAUCUUUUGUUUUGAACUGUGAAAUUCAGAUUAUUCAGUGUUGCAUUUGUAUUGAUGGGAGAAAAUAAUAUGUAUAUAUCUCAAAUGAUUUGUUAAUAUUGUUCAAUUGAUGUUCUGGGAUUA